ACAAAAGAGAAAACGGGGGUGGGUGGGUGAGUUUGACGACAGUUAUCACUGGAACCUGGAGGUCAGCUGUAUUGUGGUGAGAGCUGAAAGAGGGGAGGAAUUAAUAAGGGAACAGGGAAAGUACCGUCUUGUCAUCAGAUCAGGCUCAAACUCAAGGGUUCUGGAUUAUUACAAAUGGGAACUUGUUGGGGUUCUCCAAAAUUACCACCCCACAACUGCAACCCAACCACCACCACCACCACCACCACCACCGGUAACCUCAGCGGAGGUACGGCAUCAACGUCAACGUCAACGUCAACGUCAACGUUAACGUUAACCUCAACGGGGACAUCCCGCGUCACGAGCAGCAGCUGCAGCUACACGACUUCGUCGGGAAGUGGGAACAUCAGCUCCGUAAGCAAGUUCUCCGAUGAUCAUUAUCCCGACGGCCAGAUCCUACCUGCCGCAAAUCUCAGGAUCUUCACCUUCGCAGAGUUGAAGGCUGCCACUAGGAAUUUCAGACUUGACACCGUGCUUGGCGAGGGAGGUUUCGGCAAGGUCUACAAGGGGUGGCUCGAAGACAAGCCAUCCUCCAAGAAUGCAAAUGGAACCGUCAUUGCCGUCAAAAAAUUGAACUCCGAAAGCUUACAGGGGCUUGAGGAGUGGAAGUCAGAAGUAAAUUUUCUGGGACGCCUCUCUCAUCCUAACCUUGUUAAGUUGUUGGGAUACUGCUUGGAGGAAGCAGAACUUCUUCUCAUCUAUGAAUUUAUGCAGAAGGGCAGUUUGGAAAACCACCUAUUCGGAAGGGGCUCUGCUGUUCAACCACUUCCAUGGGAUAUUAGGCUUAAGAUUGCAAUCGGAGCAGCUCGUGGCCUUGCCUUCUUGCAUACAUCCGAGAAAGUAAUUUACAGAGACUUCAAGGCCUCCAAUAUACUGCUCGAUGGGGCCUAUAAUGCAAAGAUAUCAGACUUUGGCUUGGCAAAACUGGGUCCUUCAGCUAGUCGCUCCCAUGUGACAACUCGGGUGAUGGGCACAUAUGGUUAUGCAGCUCCUGAAUAUGUCGCUACAGGGCAUCUGUAUGUGAAGAGUGACGUGUAUGCAUUUGGAGUAGUUUUGGUGGAGAUGCUAACAGGGCUACGAGCACUUGACGCAAACCGCCCAAGUGGGCAACAUAAUCUAACAGAUUGGAUCAAACCAUACCUGCAUGAUAGAAGAAAGCUGAAAAGCAUUAUGGAUUUUCGGUUGGAAGGAAAAUAUCCAUCCAAAGUUGCAUUUCGUAUAGCUCAGCUUGCGCUGAGAUGUCUUGAAACUGAGCCCAAACAGCGGCCGUCAAUGAAGGAAGUUUUGGAGAGCUUGGAGCGAUUUCAUGCUGCCAAUGAGAAACCUAUGGAGCCCAAAUCUGGUUCUAGUCAUACUCAUAGCCGUCGAGGUCAGCAAGCUGUGCACCAUCGUUCUCCACUCCAUCCAUAGUGUAGCAGGACGCAGGUUACUAGUUGUUGUUGGUCCUUCCAAAACUCAUUCCACUGAAUUGCAGGGUCGCUGGUCAGACUGUCAGAGGCCAUUGGCCAAUCGAUGUUAGGCUGUGUCAUGGGUCUAUUCAUUGAAGGAUUUGCCACUUGUUUCAUUUUUCUAUUUCCUGCUCUCUAGUCCGAAACUGAGUAGCAAAGACACUUUUCUGGUAAAUCAUAUAUAUAGUUGGUUGUAAAGUGUAAAUGACAGUGUGUUUUAAUCGAAGUAACAUUUUAAGUUGCUUCGCUGAGUUGUGAUUUUUGCUGAAUAGGUGAAUAGGUAGUCCUUCUGGAGUUAAACUUGUUCGCCGCCUGGUUAAUGUUAUAUAAGGGGCUUGUUCAAUACUACA